AUGGCCGAGUCAUUGCCUCCGCCGUAUCAUCUCUACGACAAUGCAACAUAUGAAUUUUGCUUCGUUUUACCUCCCAAGGUGAAUUCCGCCGGUAUAUGGGAAAAUGCGACUAACCCGUUCAUGAUUUUCAGUUACUCGUUGCCGUUUUUGGAGCUGCAUUUCGUCAUGAUAUUCUUGGUCAAUCAUCUAGUUUAUACCAUCUUGAGGUCUAUUGGAGUGAAAAUGGACAUCAAGUCAGCAUUCAGGACAACAAAGAGAUCCCUAGGCAUCGGCAUCGUAUCGCUUUUAUCUCCCAUCUUGGUCGGUGCAGCUGUUCAAGUAAACUUCAGACAACCUAAUGAACCCAAACAAGUAAAAAUGGAACGUCUAAUCGGAACACUGAUCGAAGCGUUAACAUCGUUUUCGGUCAUCGCUUGCCUACUAGCCGAGCUCAAGAUCUUAAAUACCGAACUCGGACGACUUGCCCUAUCGUCGGCUGCUGUAGCACUCCUUUUCUUUGUGUUUCGUCCAUUGAUGUAUUGGGUAAUUAAAAGAACACCCAAUGGGGGACUGGUCGCGGAAGUGUACAUCACGGCCACCAUGAUGGCUGCUGUAGGGGAUGCCUUGGCUUUUGGUCUCAUUAUGAGUAGCAAAGGCAUUGUCCAGUUGUCGCAUGUUUGUACUUUCAGAGACAAUAAGCUUAUAUCACAAAAAGUUUUUACCGCCAUGAUCUUUUGCAUUUUGGCAAAUGCAACUAUAGUCCCACUCCUGGUGAGGUUCCUUUAUGACCCAGAUUCAAGAAAAUAUGCAUCAUAUGAGCAACGGAACUUAAUGCACUUAAAACCCAAUGUUGAGCUACGGGUUCUUGCAUGUGUUCACUCACCUGAUAAUGUCCCAGCUAUGAUCUGUUUGCUUGAUCUCACUUGCUCUACGAACGAGAGUCCCAAUGCUGUUUAUGUCAUUCACUUGAUCGAGCUAAGGGGUCGUAAUUCACCAGUGUUUAUAGCUCACCACAAUCAAGAAACUAGCACCGCCACCAGCAGUUUCUUCGAGAACAUCAUUUCGUUCUAUGAGUACGAGGGGAACAAUUGGGAUUUGGUCACGGUUAAAGCUUUUACAAUAAUUACACCACCGAAGCUUAUGCAUGAUGAUAUUUGCACAAUGGCUCUCGACAAGCAAACGAUACAGAAAUUGUUGAAGCAGUCAUCAUCAUCGUCUUUCUCAAUCGGGAUGCUUUUCUUGGGUGGAAAAGACGAUAGGGAGGCUUUAACGCUGGCGAGAAGGAUGGCUCGAGACCCUCGGGUGAAGCUAACCGUGAUCCAUCUCAUUGCGUAUCAAAAUUGCAGGAACGUUGUAUACUGGGACACGGUGUUGGAUACCGAGAUGUUGAAAGAUGUUAAGCAAAAUAAUGGAGAACUUGGUAAUGGUUGUGACGUAAUGUAUGUAGAAGAAGUGUCGGAUUGCGGAGCGCAGACCAUAAAGCUCAUUAUGUCAAUCGCCAACGAUUAUGAUUUAAUGAUUGUCGAUAGAAGCUACGGGGUGGACUCGAUAAUAUUGACGGGUUUAUCAGAAUGGAGUGAAUUCCCUGAACUAGGGGUUGUCGGAGACCUUUUUGCAUCCACGGAUUUAGAUAGUAGUUUAUCUGUAUUAGUUGUGCAACAACAACAACGUAUAAAUGUAAAAAGACAUUGA